AUGGACAACUCCAAGAAACGCGAAAAGAGUGCCAAGCAGAGCGGCAAAGGCAGCGGCCGGCCAGAUUCCGGCAGCACCCUGCCAACCAGCAAGAGCGGCGUCUUCAUUUUCCAGGACGGCUCGCGCUACGAUGGCGAGUUCAAAGAACUUGAAGGGGCAGUCAUCGUUCGCCACGGCCAGGGCACUUAUACGUGCGGAUCGACGGGAUGCAAGUACACCGGAGCUUGGGAGAUGGACAAGAUGCACGGAAAGGGAAAAAUGGACUACCCCAGCGGCGCAGUCUACGAGGGCAUGUGGAAGGAAAACCGAUACAGCGGGGCCGGCUCAUAUUACUGGCCCGACAACUCGCAGUAUUCCGGCGACUGGGAAAACAACAAGAUGCAUGGCCCGGGCAGGUACAUCGACAAGAACAGCGAGUGCUGGGUCGGCAUGUUCUUCAAGGGCACCGGCACCAGCCUCGCGAACGAGAUACGAAACUGA